UGGUGGUGGUGGUGGUGGUAGUAGUAGUAUAGUAGAGUUGCGGAGUUCCCUUCCUUCUCCUUGCCUAUUUAUCCUCUCGCAGCUGCCUCUUGUUGCUGAAUUAGCGUCUUGCAUUAGCUUGCUUGAGUAAUGACCCACACCACCUAAGAAGUAAGAGAACAUUAUUAGUUGUUACAUAGAUUGAUCGAUAGAUAGAUAGAGGCAGACAAGACCUAUCAAGGGAGCGCAUUCUUACCUUCCUUCUUGGAUCGAAUUAAGAUCGAUCGUCAGGAGAUAGAUUACAGGAGGGAAGAAAAGUAAUUAAAGCAAGCAACAAUGGCAGCAAGUGCAGCGGCAUCAUCCAUCAUCUCCAACCCCUUAUUGGCUCCUCUCACCAACCUGCAGCCGUCGUCUCAUCAACAAGCAGCAGCAGCCGAUGAGCAGCAGCCGCCUCUCCCUCCUCCCGCCAAGAAGAAGCGCAACCUCCCGGGCACACCAGGCAAGUCGUCGUCUAUCUGUCGUCUCCUCCAUUAUAUUGUUGUGUACGUCGAGUCUAGCUUGGACGAUCGAUCUUGCAUUGUUGGUCGAUCUUGCACAUGAUUAUAUUGACCAGCUAUAACUAAUUAUUAAUAAUAAAUAAAAUAAUAAUAACAACCUGCUGCAUAUGCACUGCCUCGCAGACCCUGAUGCCGAGGUGAUCGCGCUGUCGCCGCGGGCGCUGCUGGCCACCAACCGGUUCGUGUGCGAGAUCUGCGGCAAGGGCUUCCAGCGCGACCAGAACCUGCAGCUCCACCGGCGGGGGCACAACCUGCCAUGGAAGCUGCGGCAGCGCAGCGGCAAGGAGCCCCGGAAGCGCGUGUACGUGUGCCCGGAGAAGAGCUGCGUCCACCACAACCCGGCGCGCGCGCUGGGCGACCUCACCGGGAUCAAGAAGCACUUCUGCCGGAAGCACGGCGAAAAGAAGUGGAAGUGCGACAAGUGCAGCAAGCGCUACGCCGUGCAGUCGGACUGGAAGGCGCACUCCAAGACCUGCGGCACCAGGGAGUACAGAUGCGACUGCGGCACGCUCUUCUCGAGGCGCGACAGCUUCAUCACCCACCGCGCCUUCUGCGACGCGCUGGCGGAGGAGACGGCCAGGCUCAGCGCCACCGCCGCGCCCAGCGCAGCCCAGAGCAGCAGCAACUACCUCUUCGCGGGGGCGGCGGGGCUGGCCAACAUGAUGCUCCCGCCGGCCCCCGCCGCACCGCACCUCAAGCCUGCUGCUGGCCUCUCGCUCUGGGGGCCGUCGUCCAUGGCCGACAUUGGUAUUGGUGGUGGCGCUGCGCCAGUGCCCCCGCACCUGUACGCGGAUCUCUUGGCGCCGCCGACCUCGGACGCGGCGGCGCAGCUGGCCUGCUGCUGGCUGUACGGCAACAGCAACGGCGAGCUCUCCUCGGCAAACAACGCCAGCGCGCUGACGACGGAGGCGCAAAGCGUGCCCUCCUUGUUCAGCGGGCAGCAGCACGCCAAGCCCUUGGCGCCCACCGACAUGUCCGCGACGGCGCUGCUGCACAAGGCCGCGCAGAUGGGUGCCGUGACGUCCACCAUGUCCGACGACGCUGGAGCAGCAGCUAUGUUCCAGCAGAGCGCUAACGGCAACCUCACCGGCGGGAGCGUGGCCUACGACGACGACGUCUUGUCGGCGGCGGCGCGCCACAUCAAGGACGCCGUGGGGAGGGAGGAGACGAGGGAUUUCUUAGGCGUUGGCGUGCACCCGCUGUGCUCUUCGUCGCUGCUGGCGCCUCUGCAAGGCCGGAUUUAAUUAAUUCCUUCUUAUUAGUUGAUGAUGAUUUGCAGGCGAUGCAAUUAAUUAAUCAAUCACGUAGCUUUGCUUGCCAUUGCAUUGCCUUCCCAUCUCAUUGCUCCACACAUGUCUCUGUUGCUUUGGUCCCAAUAUCUAAGAAAAAAUGAAGCAGCUGAAUUGA